CGUCUCACGACUUCGAAGUGCCUUCGCUUCGUUUACUUAAUCGUAUAAUAUUAUCCCUUAAAAUAGUUUUGACUAAAUUCUAUAUUAAACGCCUAAUACGUAAAGGAUAUCAGGACUCGUGAUUGCGUUUAUCAAGUGAAGUGCAUUAUGGAUUCCGGCCAAUUCCGCGAGUGCGCUAAAGCGACGAUAGAGAUGUUGAUUGAUUAUUACGAGAAUAUAAGUAAUAGAAAUGUUUUACCUUCAGUGGAGCCCGGGUAUCUCAUGAAAUUAUUACCAGAAAAUGCACCUGAGGAACCUGAGGAUUGGAAAACUGUACUUAAAGACUUCUACGAAAAGGUUUUACCCGGUGUAACGCAUUGGAAUUCUCCGCAUUUUCAUGCCUAUUAUCCCACUGGUUGUUCGUACGCCAGUAUUAUUGGAAAUCUUCUCAGCGAUGGAUUAGGAGUUAUAGGACUUACCUGGAUGGCGAGUCCGGCGUGCACUGAACUAGAAGUUGUUACCAUGAACUGGCUUGGCAAGCUGUUAGGUUUGCCAGAAGAAUUUCUAAAUUGUACAGAUGGACCUGGGGGUGGAGUUAUACAGGGUUCUGCGAGCGAAGCGACACUCGUUGCUUUAUUAGCCGCUAAAGAUAAAAUGGUUCGUACACUUACGCAAACCAAUCCUGAUUUAGAUCUCGAUAUAUUAAAAACUAAAUUUGUCGCAUAUACGUCAAAUCAGUGCAAUUCUUCUGUAGAAAAGGCCGGCGUACUUGGAUCUAUGAAAAUGAGGCUCUUGAAAAGUGAUCCCAAUGGUAAAUUGCGAGGAGAAACAUUAAAAAGAGCCUUUGAGGAAGAUAAGGCCGAGGGUCUAAUACCAUGUUAUGUUGUUGCAAAUUUGGGUACUACAGGAAUAUGUGCCUUCGACCCUCUCUAUGAAUUGGGGCCAAUAUGCAACGAAGAGAAUGUGUGGUUGCAUGUUGACGCUGCCUACGCUGCAUCAGCAUUUGUGUGUCCAGAGUAUAGACAUUUAAUGAAAGGCGUUGAAUAUGCCAAUUCUUUUGUUGUUAAUGCACAUAAAUGGCUUCUUGUAAAUUUUGAUUGUUCAGCUAUGUGGGUUAAGGAUUGUUAUGACUUGAUUUAUGCAUUUGACGUUCAACGCAUGUAUUUAGAUGACUUAAAAACUACAGCUAAAAUACCAGACUAUAGACACUGGCAGAUGCCACUAGGACGCAGAUUUAGAUCACUUAAAUUGUGGACUGUUUUGAAAAUGUAUGGAGCUGAUGGCAUUCGGGACCAUAUAAGAAAUCAAAUAAGCUUAGCUCAACAUUUUGCAAAAUUAGUACGUUCAGAUAAUAGAUUUAUUGUCGAACCAGAACCUUCAAUGGGACUUGUUUGCUUCAGACUCCAAGACGGUGAUAACAACACGAAAAAGUUACUUCAAAAUUUAACAGAAAAAAAAGAAUUAUUCAUGGUCGCUUGCACGUAUAGAAAUCGUUAUGUUAUACGGUUUGUAGUAUGCUCAAGACUUACAACAAAAGAACAUAUAGAAACGAGCUGGAAUUUGAUUAAAGCGGAAACGGAUCGUUUGAUUAGUCCAGACAAAAUAAACGCUAAAUCGCAAUCAAUUUCAACAAUCGAUCAUUUAGAAAGUAUCAAUAUCUGUGAAAAAUCUAAGUGAAUUUAAUUAAAUUGGAGUGGUAAUAUGGGAAAAUGUUUAAGCUAGAUUUAUAUGAGACUACACGUAGGUUUAUAGGAAAUUAUAAUAUUUGUGUUGAUUACAAUUUUAAAAAUUUUAUUUUUACAUAGCUGUUAAUAAGUACGUGUUAAAAAUAAUAAAUAAUUCAGGAAUUUGUCAAUGUGUAAGAAUAAAAAUACUAACAAUCUUCUAUCGAUUAUGUGACAAAACAAUACCAAAGUGUAUUCUUAUGAAAAUUAUUUAAAUGAAAAACAACAAUGACACAAGACAUUUAUAUAACAAAUCAACUACAAGCUUUUUAUGUGUUUACCUAUAGGUAAACAAAUAAAAAGCUUGUAGUUAUUGGUCAAAGGGCUUGCUGGGGGCGUUAAGGUAUCAAUAAUAUUUACCUUUAUUUGCAAAUAUGUUUUUUCAUAUACUAUGAACCAAGUAUCUGAGAUAUAUAUCUAAGGUGUUUAUUGCAAACGAGAGGGAAAAUAAAUCAAUAUUUUAAAAGAUAGUUUAUUCUGUUUAUUAAAAGUUAAAUCUACAAUAUUUCGUCAUAAUAUAAAAUAUUAAUUAAAUUAGCUGACUAAUCGUUUUGUCGUUUAUUUUUAAG